UUUGACCUGAUAGCCAGUUCCCAGAGCCGCAGACUGGACGACCAGAGAGCCAGUAUAGGGGACCGUCUGGGCAUCAGGAUAGCACAGAACAAUGUGGGACACUUGUGUGAGGCAUGUAGUCCACAGGAACCUAGUGACGAGUUUUUCAACAUGCUCAUAAAGUAUCAGUCCUCCAGAAUCAAUGAUCAGAGGUGCUCUUUGCCACCAGCACCAGACCCAGAUGAAGACUUAUUCAGCCUUAUCCAGAGGGUGCAAUCCAAACGCAUGGAUGAACAACGGGUUUCUUUUCCUUCUGAUGAAAAUGAUGAAACAGACUUAAAUUAUAAGUCCAAAACCUCUGAGGGCUCAAGCUAGAGACUGUGGCACUUCUGAUACGACUUCUACAAAGUCUUCUGCAAACUCUAACUCUCUGGCAGCACAUUUUAAGAGAUCUUCCAAGGCUGGGGUUAGGGGGCAGUAAUAUAGGUUUAUUUUAAUUAGUAGGAUUAUAUCAUGUUCAAUUGUUUCAUAUUUUUACAGUCACCCUGAGUUACCCUGAGGUGAAUCCAAACCCAGCAGAUGUGAUUCUGAGGAAAUGGAAACACUCACAUGUUUGUAUGUUCCAACAAUUGUUCUUUCACAAAAGUGUUUGUGCAGAUUUCAAGCAAAGCAACACCAUAGAAAACGAUUAACAUGAUGCUUUCCAAGGAUAAUAUUACUAACUACUGUCACACAACACAAUAUAGAUCGGUGUGACAAACAAUGGCAGCACAUAAUCUCCAAACAGGUGCGUGUUCAUUUAACUCAAGUGGAAAGUGUGUUUCAGCACACACUGAAUAUGAAUUAACUGAUGCCUAGCAGAUGGGAGCAAUUGUAUUUGGCAUGACAGUGAAGUUGUAUGGCUCAUGGAUCAGUUCAUGUGGUUGUCUAAUUCUGCUCAUAAGUAAUAUAAGUAAUACUAAUAGUAACAGACUUCU